AUGCACAAUUUCCCGCGACUCAACAUUAUCCCGUUUGGAGCUUGUCUAUCGAUUCUGCGCGAGCGCUCGGCUUACCACACCUCUCGGACGAGGGAGCCUGACCGAGGUCCAUCACCUCUGGCACACUCAUCUCCCGUACUCUCGCAGAAAUAA